AUGCGCGUGGUCGCAGUGGCGGCCUUGGCUGCACGGAUUGCAUCGGCCGGAGAUCGCUUUCUACAGGCGGCCGCCCAAGCCGAGGAGCCUGCGAAGAGCUUUCUUCCUGUGGCGCCCAGCGAUCUCUCAAUCGCCUCAGCCUGCUCCGCAUAUCCGAAGUGCGUGGAGCGCGGUCUGACCGAUGGCGCAUGUUGCCCCAGUGCAGGACCGGAUGGUCAGCAGCUGGACUGCUGCGAGGGCGGCCCAUCAGCUUGUACUGCCUUCGCUGCGUGCGUUUCUGAGGGCCACGGCUCGGGCACCUGCUGUGCAGCGGGUGCAGAGUUGGACUGCUGUCAGGAGAAGCCCACGGCCUGCUCCGCUUACCCGCGGUGCGUCGCGGCGGGCCUCACGGAGG